AUGGAUAAAGGAUUACUUGUAUUCAUUUUGAGUUGUGUAAUUCCACCUACACUCUAUAUGACAACAUUACCAUCAUUGUCACUUCAAUGGAUCAUUGUACAACUCUCAAUACUAUCGAUAGGCGCAGGUGUUUUGACCUACAGAUUGAUUCCGAGUGUUGCAGAAUUGACAUCGACUGCUGGACUUGCCGGAAUGGAUCUCAAUAAGAAGGGUGAUGCAAAAUACUCGGGAAAAAAAAUUCCAGAAAGUCUUGGUAUUGCAACUUCAGUUGUAUUCUUGGUUUGUGUUAUUUUAUUCCAACUUUUCCAAUGGUUUUCAUUCCCAGAGGCUAUUCAAUUGAGUGAAUUUAAUGCAGCAUUAACAUCGAUUUGCUUUAUGAUUCUAUUGGGAUUCAGUGAUGAUGUAUUAAAUCUUCGUUGGAGAUACAAGUUAAUUCUCCCGUUGUUUGCAUCAUUACCAUUGUUGGUAGCAUAUGCAGGUGGUACCUCUGUAGUGGUUCCAGACAUCAACUACCCAAUCAAUUUGCGUGCUUUCCUCGGACAGGUGGUUGACCUAGGCAUCUUCUAUCGUAUCUAUCUCUUGAUGUUGGCCAUCUUUUGUACCAACUCUAUUAAUAUUCUAGCUGGUAUCAACGGAUUGGAGGUCGGACAGAGUGCAGUGAUCGCCACUGCCAUCAUCAUUCACAAUCUCGUAGAGUUGAAGUUACACUACUCAUCGUCGGUAGCCAGUGGAGUUCUCAAUGCAACACUCCUCCCAACUUCGCCACACUUACUAUCGCUCGUACUUAUGGUACCGUUCCUUUUCACAACAUUCGCACUGCUCAUGUACAACUGGUAUCCAUCAAGAGUGUUUGUUGGUGACACCUACACCUAUUUUGCCGGAAUUGUACCACAACUUUUUGGAUUGAUUCCAUGUCCAAGACAUAGAGUACCAAGAUUCAAUGCAUCAACAGGUAAAAUGGAAGCAAUCCCAACCAACUUGACAAUCAUCAAUUUAUGUCUUAUGAUUUUUGGACCAAUGACAGAGAAACGUCUUUGUUUGACAUUAUUAGCGUUCCAGGGUUUAUGUUGUGCCGCUGGUUUUGGUAUUAGAUACUUUGUUGCACCAUAUUUCUUUUAG